AUGAGAAACAUGCUGAUACAGAACCUCCAACGGGAGAUUAUAUUUCUCAUCUGUGAGAGCAUAUGCCCUCAUUGCCACAACCUCUAUGAGGAUUGGCCGGCCGUAGGCAGUACGGCUGAGAUACCACUACCUCCUGCGGCCAAAGUGCACCGCCAGACGAUCUUCAGUCUCUCAUUAGUCUGCAAGAGAUGGGGAUGUAUCGCGCAGAAGGUACUGCAUCAUCAUUUCGGCUACUUCGAGACUCAUCCCAAAGCAGAGUUCUUAUUUUGCAGGACCCUUUCUGAGAAUCCAGAGCUUGGAAAGCAUGUGAAAGAGGCUAUAAUAAGACAGAUCUCUACAUACGACUGGAGUCUUGGUGAAGAAUGGCUCGCGAGGUCGCUGAACAAGUUCUCAGGGGUUCUCGACUUUCCGGAAGCGUCCUCUCUACCAGACAUCUCAAUGCGAGGAGAAUUCAUUGCGCCCCUUAUUUUGCUCCAAGUACCGACUCUCGAUCGGCUUUCGAUACAGAACGAACGUUUGAAUGGAACCAUGAGAAAGUUCCGUGCGCUCUUUUUAGGGAGGCAAUGCGUUGUCCCUCGAAGUAUUGCCACUAUAUAUGUCGCACCGCUAGACAACAGAGGCAGCAACAAAGGAUCCCUAGAUCUAUCAGAGGCCUGUUUGGGAGGACUUCUAUCGGCUAGUCCCGGAGUCCGCGACAUGACCUUGUAUAAUCCCAUUCCACAGUCGCUUCGAAACCGGCUGAGUCUCUCUAGCUUACGAACUCUGACCUUAUCUGCUACUUUUCUUCGAGAAGAACUCCGACUACUGCUUUCAUUUACAGGGCCAUUGGAGAUAUUUACUUAUUAUGACAUCUCUCGCCCUACUUUUAAGGGCGUCACCAUCCAGGAGAUAUGCGAUCUUCUGAUAUCUAAGAAGCAUAGCUUGGCAAAGUUGCAUUUCCAGACUUUACAAAAAUAUCAGGACUUCACGACAGCCAAGAGCCUCAUCAAUGUCAACAAUUUUCGAUUCCCUUUCGGAGGUUUCUGGAGUCCAACGGACGCAGAGCCAAUUCUGGAAGAACACUCCUUACUAGAUAUAUUCCCACCCAAUCUCUCUACACUAUGGCUCGAUGUCUCGGAAUUUACGAUCCUGGGAAUCCUGGAUGCUUUGACGAACUAUAUCUUAUCCAGACCGCGAGACCCGCCACAGGAACAGGUGCUACGAUAUGUCGUUAUAGAGGUUCUAACGAGCGUUGACAUUGAGUCCUCAGAAUUCCCUCUGGCUAUAAACAGAUCGGCUUGGAAGAAAAUCAAGCAGAAAUGCCAAUCUUUCCUAAGACACGGGAGGAUAAUCAUGUUUCUCAGGUGUUGGAAGACCGGGCGUGGAAGGAUUGUCUCUCGUGACGUUGACUCUUACCAAGAUAUCUGA